GUCAGUUGAAGUUCAGACGUUAUUAAAGUCAGUCGAAGCUCAGACGUAAAUAAUAAAAUGGAAGGCGGUGAACAUAGAAGCAACAGCAGACUAUUGGAGGUUUUAUGGUUGCGUAAAUUCUACGAGAGAGCCAAGGGCGUGUGUAUACCCAGGGUGAUGGUGUACAAGCAAUACUUCUGCCAUUGCUUAAAAUAUAACUUGGAUCCAAUUAAUAGAGCCAACUUCGGCAAGGUGGUCCGUUUUGUAUUCCCGGGUGUGGGCGCGAGACGCCUCGGUUCUCGAGGUGAUAACCGGUACUAUUAUUCCGGGAUAAGAAGAAAACCGCAAAACAAAAAAAAUAAGCACACAAAAUUGACACAUUGACACAAAAUGGAAGAAUUCGAAG